CUUGCCCCAAAAGGCAGAAGAAAGAGAAAAGUGGUGUCUUCCAUCCUUCGUGUUCAGUCCUCCCCAUUUCCCCUGUUCUAACCAAUGGGAGGGAGAUGAUGUAUGCCAACUCUAUUCCACAGGGAGGUCAUCCAUAAGGGGAAGACUAUUCCAAAUUUUAAGUUGAUGUGAGAAUUUACACUGUACAUAAUGAAGAAGCAACUACUUGUGUUUGGGAGUGAGGCUGGUGGAACAGCAUUGAAUGUAGCACCUGCUCUUUAUGUCCUUGUGAAACAGAGCACUGGAAAAUCUGACCAAAGUGCAUUGGUUGCAAACCGAGAUGACAGUGGUCUUUCCAGCAGCGCAACAACACCAAUAAAACCUAAAGUAAAGACCUUCCUUCCAGCUCAUUGCACCUCAGGAAGCACUACUGUUACACUGGACAACAACAAUAUGUGGAAUGAAUUCUACCAUCGCAGCACAGAAAUGAUUCUGACUAAGCAGGGAGGACGGAUGUUUCCGUAUUGUCGAUACUGGAUAACAGGCCUAGAAGCCAACCUGAAGUAUAUCCUGGUCAUGGAUAUUUCUCCUGUCGACAACUUUCGCUAUAAAUGGAAUGGCCAUAGUUGGGAGCCCAGUGGGAAAGCAGAGCCCCAUGUGCUGGGAAGAGUAUUCAUUCACCCAGAGUCACCUUCUAUAGGUCAUUACUGGAUGCAGCAUCCAGUGUCUUUCUACAAACUGAAACUUACUAAUAACACUUUAGACCAGGAAGGGCAUAUCAUUCUGCACUCUAUGCACCGCUAUCUACCUCGACUACACCUGGUGCCUGCUGACAAAGCCACAGAGGUUAUCCAGCUGAACGGUCCUGAUGUCCAAACCUUCACUUUCCCACAGACAGAGUUCUUUGCUGUGACUGCCUAUCAAAACAUCCAAAUCACACAACUCAAAAUAGACUACAACCCUUUUGUUAAAGGAUUUAGGAAAAUUGGCUUGAUCGCUACAGCCCAAGAUGAAGAGGAGGAAAAUGAUUGCUCCAAGCAGGGCAGAGGCAGAAUUCCAAGCAAUUACAGGUGUCCCACUGAAAGUAAUGUUUUGGAUUUAGAGCAUAGAGACUUGGGUGCUUCAUGUAAUGGCGAGAAGAUAUAUCAUUCUGGUUUGGAGAAAAAAUCACUCAAUCUAGACACAAAUUUGCAUGUGUAUGAUGCACCAGUAUUAAAGGAGGAGGUAUCUGAAUGUUCAGUAACCAGCCCUUGUGAAAGUGACUUCUGUGUGAAAUCCCUGCUCAACUCAAAUGGUGGCAUUAGUAUUUCCAUUAAAGAUGACCCUAUAGAUGACCAUGGUUAUGAGCCAAGUGUACAUACCGAAAGGAUACUUGUGAAGCAGGAACCAACUGAUAAAGAGCCAGAGGAAUGUUUUGGUAGAGAUGACAACUUCAUACUGGAGAAACAGCUGAAGAAACACAGUAAAAUGGGAAAGACGGAAAUGGAAUCCAUCAAGCAACCACACAGUAGUCUGUUAGGUGUGGCCGAGGCAAAAAUGUUAAAAUUGGAGAGCAGGGCAAUGCCUGAAAGUUACCUAAGGUCCUGCGAUAAUAUCGCUAAGAAUUUGGAAGGUCUUGAUAAUCACACUAUUGAUAAAACUGGGGAAAGAGAAGAACUGCAGAAUGUACAAGCUGCCUUAUUGACCACAUGUUUUGCAGACUGUCAAUUAAGUCUACAAUUACUAGAAACAAAGCUCUUAGAAGAUUUGAAGACCUUCAGGCACAAACAAGUGAUACAUCCUAGUCUUCAGGAAGUGGGACUGAAACUGGGUUCUGUGGACCCAACACUUAGCAUUGACCUAAAAUAUUUGGGUGUGCAGCUGCCUCUGAGAUCUUCAAAGGAUUAUGUAUUUGGGAAUAACCAACGAACAAAUCCCUCUUGUCAAGAUUCUGGCCUUUUCAUUUCCAGAACUGGAAAAACAAAUGAUUUUAGAAAGAUAAAGGGUUGGCAAGGAAGAUUUCACAGUGCUUCUAGGCAAGAAGACUCCUUGAAGAACCGAUCUGCCUUCUGUAGUGACAAACUGGAUGAAUAUUUGGAAAGUGAAAGGAAGCUAAUGGAAACAAAUGUGGGAUUCUCUUCUAAUGUAUUUAAUUCUCCUGUGGCUUGCGAGCUUCCAUCCAAAAGCACCAACAGUGCACAAGCACUAGAUAGUGUUCUAACAAAGAAAUCUACUAUUUCUCCACCCAGUGCACAUACUUUCAAGCCUCUUUCUCUGCCUUCCGUUUUCAGAAAGAGGAAAAGAAAAAUUAAGAAUAAACAAGCAGCAAGAGGCAGAGUAAAAUCCUCCAAAAAGUUUGCAGUGCCGUUAAAUGUUCAAUCUAAGCAAAAACACAACUUCAGCAUGAGUCUGCUUCAGCAAGAGCAGACUAAUCAUCCUCUAAGUUUAUCUAAUACUCAAAUGAAGCUGGUAGAGCUAGAAGAUUGUGCCUUGAGGGAUGGGAAGCCACAAACCUAUAUUACUGAAGACCGAGCAAGCUAUUCUCUGGACACUUUGCUCAUUUUUCAGGUGGAGUUGCUGGAAUUGGAGGAUUCUGCAUUGCAGAAUGGAAAGCCACGGACUUGCAUUACCAAAGCGCGAGCAGACUUAUCUCUGGCAGCUCUGCUUACCACUCAGGCUUCACUCAAAAGCAAACCUUUGUGUAAAAUCAUUGGAAGCCAAGACCCACCAAGUGGCAACUCCUUCUGCAAGGUUGAGAGUAUCCGUGUUAAUUUAGCUUUUGAGAAGUAUCAGCCUACACUUCCCUGCAGGACAGGUUGUACAUUUGAGUGUCUGAAGAGAAGGAUGGCCUUAAUAAAGGAAGCUUCUAUGCAUAAGCAACACUUGAACACAUCUUUGCAUGGAAUUCUUGCAAACUGUAAUGGCCAAGAAGAGGAAUGGGAACAGGAACAGAUGAAUAAACGUAUGAGAAGUAAUGUGGAAUCAGUCUAUAAUGGGGAACCAGAUAAGCCUGUUGCAAAUUUCCCAGGAUGGGCAAAAGAAGAAAUAGAGACUGAUGCGGAACCUUUUUCCCCCCCAUCACCAACUGCCACUAAACCAAUGCAACAUGUAAUUCUGCCUCACUCAGAAAUGGUUUUGCCUUUCAAGUCUACUUACAGUGGUGUCAAACCAGAGCAACUGAAGAUGCCUAAAUUCAAGCCAUUGAUUCAAGAGGAGCACAAUUAUGGUAUCCCUUUAAACUUUGAAAAAAUGAGGUCAUAUGCUUUCACUCCAAAGUACAAAGGCAACAUAGGGAAUAAAAUGCAGCAAGAGAGGAUCCAACAAACCCCUGGAAAGUGCUUUGGAGAGGACUGUGUUCCAGACCCUCUUGAAGAAUCUCAUGGUACAGAGUGUGACCCUGGAGUGUCUGAUAUAGGAAUCCCAUCAUCAGGAAAAUCUGUGCUUCCAGAGAAACCUGCUUGUCAUUCCAGUUCUGCUUCUGUGUGUCCUGCUAGAAAGCGAGGUAGUUUUGAGGAGUUAAAAGUGAAUGCAAUCAUAUGUGACAAACAUGCAGUUAUGACAAAGAGAGCUCUAGAUAAUACAUAUGCAGAGGAAGAAUUAUCAAGCGAGAUAACCUUAUAUCCUGAAGUUUUUUCAGAUAUAUUGUCAGACCAUUCAUAUAUUAGCUGGAAGCCAGACAAUGAGGAAAUCAAAGUAACUAUGAAGAAACAGCAUGCCAGAUAUCUUGAAGAUGUGUCAGAUGAGGUUGCUGAAAAGUGUUGGCAGACUGAAGUUCUUGCAGAAAAUAUAUUACAGGAAAGCUCCACAAAUCAUCAAGAGGCUGUACAGUUUAAAGGUACAAAUAGGGAGGAAGCAAACACUGCCCAAAUGCAAAGUCCAGCGACUGAUUCAGAAGGAGCAGAGCAGAUACAGCUGACAUUGACUGCUGCAGAACUACAGGAACAGCAUCAGACUGUAAGCAUGAACUGUGCAAAAAAACAACAGAAAGGGACCAAACUGCUUAAGACCCAGUGGGAAAACCAAAAUUACUCCAAACUGCUAGGGAAGCACAGGAAGGAGAGGGGUGACUCCAUAGAAAUAGAAUGUAGCAAGGAAAAACAGAAAAAAGAACCUGAGAUCAACUGUGCAAAGAACCAAAAUUAUUCACUGGAAAGGAAAUAUGUGGAUACUUUUCAAGAACCUCUACUUAAAACAAAUACUGACAUUCAGGAAAACUGCAACACUUCAAGCUAUAAAAACGGUAUUACUAGUUUUCAGGGAGAGACUCAAACUGUUAAAGGUGACAUUGUUCAAGUCAGCAGAGCUUGGAAUAAAACAUCCUGGAAGUUAGUUGCUAAAUGCUUAGAACGAAAUGCAUCUAAAAUCAACCAUCACAAAAAUGGUCAUAUAUCCAUUGAUAUUACCAAUGACCCUAGAGGAAACGGUGAAAAAAAUGCUGAUUCUGCAGAGGAGAAGAUUGAUGGAAUAUCUGACUACCAGGUUGAAUCACUGAUAAAGAACACCAGUCCAAAAGAUGAGUUCAGUGCUGUUAAGACAGAAGAAAACAGACCAGCCUUUCAAGAGGUAGAGGCCAUGGCAUCAGAAGUCACAAUGUAUGAUUCCAAAUUAGAAGAAAAUAAGUUGCUAGCAAAUCAACCUGAGUCCUGUUCUGAAAGUAUCACAUACGACAGAAAUGCUAUUACUUCAGAGAUGGCUGAAAAAGAUUCAGAAAGUGCAGCGCAAUUUUCAAGUGAUUCUCCCAUCUUCCAACCUGAUGUUGUAUUACUAGACCACUGCUAUAUCCGUAAAGUGAUGCCCAAGAAAGAAUUGGACUUUCUUUUAAAGGCUUCAUUUCAGGAUGAAAAUGACUUCAGUCAAGAUGACGAGGAUAUGGACACUGAGUCUUUGGAGGAGGUUUCAGAAAGAACAAAUAUAUCUCACCUGAAAACUGCAGAUAAUCAUGCCUUAAUAUCCAGACAACUGCAACUUGAUCAUGACUCUUCAGAUAAAGUGAUGGAAACGCCUGCUAAGCAGUUUAUACUACAGAAUAGAAAGCCAAAGAAUAAGGCUUAUCGUCUGAACCACACAGAAAAUGAACAGCGUGCUCGUCAAAAAAUGAAAGAACUCUUUGAAAAACUGAAGGUGGCUCUGGGAUUGCAUGCUGUCCGCAAUGUUGCCAAGCGCGUCCUCCUCAAGCAGGCCACUGAAGAGAUCCAGAGGCUAAAGGGUCAGGCAGUUAAACUGACAGGUCAAAAGCAGUUACUGCUGCACAAGAACGUUAUCCUAGUUCACAAAGUGUCUGUACUCUCAGGCAAGCCACAGAAGGUGAUUUUGAAGAAGCUAAAAUGCAUUUUAGCAAAGCAGAAAACAAUAGAAGCACUGAAGAAUCAGGAACAACAAGCAGAAUUUGUGAAGAUUGCUGAAACUGAGAGAAUUACUAGACCUUUUGUGGAACUCAGUCCCUUUUCUCUAGAAAGAGACAUGAAACCAGAAAUUAUGUCCAAUAGGCAUUCAAAACCUUCAAUACUUUCUAGAAAAAGAAGCUGUGAUUCAGAACAUGAAGACUCGUUCAUGAUGCCAAGGAUAGUAAAUGUGAUGUCAUUAGCUGCUGAAGGAGAAAUGCAUUUAAACCUGGAUGCAGAUAAGAAUCCCUAUGUAACUGUGGCUGCUGAUAUCCAGACAAGUGACUCUUCCUUGCGAAUAGAAUCACAGGAAAUGACUGACCUUUGGCCUGAAGAAAAAGCUGGAGCUGCUUCUGGAAAAAAGAGACAUUCUAUCAGAACAGUGCAAGGGGAAAAAGAAAACUAUUUUCCACAGAUAGUCUCCAGUUUAAAGGGAUUCCCAGGAUUCUCUGCAACAGAACUCCACAUUGAAGAGUUAGCUGGAGUCCAGGCAAGAGCAGAACAGAUGGACAAAGGAGGUGACGGUCAAAAGUCAAAGGAUUCUUUAUUUCAAAAGGAGCAAGUUAAACUCAAGGAUUCUGGAAUAGAAAUGGAACUGCAAAAAGAACCCUCUAUGAUGCAUGAUACAUCACUGGAUGCAAAUGACUUAAUGGACAUAGUGGAGAAUGAUGCAACUCGCACUUCAGUUCUGAAUGAAAUUGCAUUUCCAAAUCCGCAACUGAAUGAGAACAUCUCAUGCAUAUCAGAAUUUCCCAAGUCUCUAAGCUCUGGGUUUUCUCUAAAAGAUAUGGAAAGUUGCAGGGAAUCAACUACGAAAGAUGGCUCUCCCUUUCAAUUUGGCACAUUGGGUGGGCGCUUUAAGGAUCUCUGUCUUGUUCAAGGGAGUAGUGGUUCCGUAACUCCACUCCUGCUUCACUUAGAAGAUGACAAUCCUUUAUCUGAAUCAGGUGUUUUGACAUUCAUGCCAUGCUCUGAAGUAAAGGACCAAAAUCCUAACCUUUCAACAAUAACUAGUUGCAGAAGUUGGAAAAAUAUAAAACAUCUAGCAAAAGCCACAAAUGUGUCACUUCCCAUUCAACCAAUGAAAACUAAUCUGGAACCUGGUCAUAGUGGCACAGUAUUGAAGCCCAUGCCCAAACUGGCACCAUUUGGAUUAAAAGCUGCAAGCUUCCUAUUAGAUUCAGGAAAGCAGAAUACCAAGGUGAUGCCUUCAUUGGCACUCAUUGGCACAAAAACCUUGAAUUAAAAGCCGCAUAGUCAGUCUGUAGGACAGGUCUAUAAACUACUGCCUACACUAGCACCUGUCAUUACAAAGUCAAAAUUGCACUGCAGCUUUAUUUCCAAAUGUAUUUGUCAAAUGCAUGUACUAUCUUUUUCAGAAACUUACAAAACAGAUCUGGAUUGACAGUCACAUUGUACGCUUUCAGCAGUGUAUUCUUUGCAUGUAAUGUAUGAAGGUAGGCAGUCUUUGAAAAUUAGCUGGUUCAGGGUAAGCUAAAUCCACAGUAAAAUUCUUUGGAUCAGCUAGUUUUUUGGUUAUCAUGAACUAAUGAUUCAGAUACCCAAUUAUUUGCGGUUUCUUGAAAUAGUGAGGGUUUUUAGAGAAAUCAGAAUUACCUUUCAUACAUUCUCUUGUAAAAAGUGGAAGAGAGCUUAAGGGUUCAGUUUUUUCCACUGAAGUGACAUUUUUUAAUUCAAUGUAUCAUUCCCUGCUCACCUUCAGAUGUAUUCUUUAAAUGUUCCACUCAGGUCCUUUCAUUUAUCAGUCCUUCCCCUCUGCUUCUGUUAGUUUUUGAACUGCAUUGUGUAACUGAGAGACAAGCCUAUGUUCUCUCUGAAUACUUAAAAGAGCCAUUUAGGACACUUGUAUUUUAAAAAGAUGUGUGCGUAUGCACAUCCUCUCAUUAUCUAAUUCUUUAUACAACCCUCUUCACACAAGCACAUGGGAAUCAUUUCCCCACAGUGCUAUUCCACACUGGUAGUAUAUUUGUAAAUACGUCAAUUGUAUGAGCAGGGCAAAUUACAUGUGUCCUUCCUUCUCAGUUUGAUACUCCACCAGGAAGGAGGGGAAAAGAUUCGCUUCACUCACGUGGUUGCAGUAUUCACAUGCAUCCUGCUGUCAUGGGAAAUAGCAUCAAUAGCUCCCACAUGUCUGUGGAUAUAAGUGAAGGACUGCAUUUGACUAGUUCCUCUAUACUCUUGCCAAACUUCUUGGUGAAGUGGUACAUUUUAAAUCCUUGGGAUCAGGUUGCUCAGCAAUAAAUUUAUUUAUGAGAUGUAGGAUCUUUGUAAGUGAUAGCCAAGAAUCUAUAGAAACUCUUCACUCAUAACUUCUAAAAUGUAAAAAUAAGGGUAUUUUAUAGUUCUGUACAUUUUUAUAAGUUUUCUAAUGAAUGAAACUUCAACCCAAAAGGGAGAGUUAAGUUUCCUAUUGUAAAUGUAAAUAUGAAUUAUGAAAAUGAGAUGCUUCAAAGUAAUUCUUAAAGGUGAAAAUCUAUUGUAAAAAUGGUAUUGAAUCUAAGAAAUAAU